UGCUUGCUGUGGAUUUCUGUUGUGAUUGUUUUAGAUACUUGGCUGUAAAAAAAGGCUAGUAUCAGAUUUAUGUUCAUAUAGGACAACGCCUACGCAGGAAGUAGUGUGCCCUUUAUGUAGUGAUGUGGACUGUAUAAAGGUGUGAGGGUCAUUAGUGAGUCCAGAGUUUGCGUUACAUCAUAGACCUGCAGUACACUUACUCUUUUUCAUUAACUGUAACCUCAAUUAAAUGCCUACCCUGAAACUUCAUUUAUUUUCCACAUUAUUUAGAUCUUUUCUUAAAACUAUACAGUAGUUGCCAUGAACAGGUGUUAUAGAAAGUGAGAAUGUGAAAAAAAUGUUGAGCGUUGGAUAUAAAAACUGUUGGCAUUGAACUCAAUCCUGGAUUUUUCUUCUUUCCAUCAGCAGAUGAAGGCAAUGAAAUGUGUCUGAAAGCUCCAAAAGAAUUUAGUAAGAAAGAAAGUAAGUGGACCUUGAGUAAAGGAUUUUUUAGUCAAGUUUAAUAUUUCCAAAGUCAAAAUGAAUCUUCAAGCUCAGAGUAAAAUAUUGAAUAUGUGACUCAAUUAUGUCACAAUAGUAAUAGUGCUGAUUAAAUGCCUGCAGAGGAACUUAUCGACUGUUUUGCUCUGAUGCAACAACACAGAGUAACUUUCUUCUGUCUUCAUACUUUUCUGACUUCAUAUUGAGUGCCACCUCCCCAGAGCCUACUGUAACCGCCCCUGCAGCGCCGCACAUCACGGGCAUGUAUCCUGAACCUGCCCCCCUCGCUCACGGAAAGUUCUCCCCGGGAUGUUCCUGCGCUGUCCCGGGCCUUAGGGCAAUAAAAAACCUGUAACCAAAUCCAGAGCCUAAUCCAGCAGGGACAAUCGCAGGCAGAGACUGAACCUACACAGAGCCGAAUCUCUGCAGACUGUCCCCAUGCAGCGCUGCAUGUGAGGGGAGACCACAUCAGCCAGGGCCAAUCAAACCACAGGAAUGAUGUGGGAAGACAGAGAGUCAGUGUCUGCGUCAGAAUGUUGGGUUAUUGGUGAUUUUUUAUUGGUGGGGUUAUGGUGUUCAUGACAGUGUUUAUGGAGGACUGAUUGAGUAUCUCGGAGUCUAAAAUAUAUUGCUAUAAACUGAGUGGGAAGAAGUUAGAGAUGCUUAAGUCAGUCUCAUUGCUGUUCCUGAUAAAAAAAUGCUCCCUGUGAAUGAUUAGUUCAGGUUUGAUGUGCUGGACUGUGAUGAAUAAAGAUUUAUUUCAACACCAAAUUGUCCAUAACAGCUUCAUCAGCCAGUGAAGAAACUUGAGGCGUCAUUUCCCUGCACAAUAAAUACAAUACCAUGGAAACCCCACCCACCGCUGGGUGUCAUACUGAGUCCAAACGUGUCAAAGAGCAAAUUGGACACACAGGCUGGGAGGCAUCAGAGCGCACUGGACUGUGGGCUGUGGGAUUUUUCUAAGACAAAACAUCCAGCGAAAAAGAAAAAAAAAUAGUUUUAAAGCUGCUACCUUUACUUUGUUUAUUUGUUUAAAAAAAUGCAGAUACGUUUACUCUGCAGGUAUCAAAGAGGCACAAGACUAUAACGUGCGUAAAAGUUGAUUUUUCCUUUGGAGACCAUGCGCAGCUUCUCGGAGCAGUGCGUCCCAGGCAAGUUACCGCAAGUUUUUCCUACAAGAGCCCGAGAUGCGGCCCUUCAAGGGACUAUCCUGUCCGGACCCUCGCUGUUCCCAGCCAUCCCGUUAUCCUCCCGGGGAUCAUCGGAUCCCAGUAUGGAUGCCAGCGGGGACCCAAUGAUUCACACGUCGCCACCGGAGCAGAUUUUGCGCAGGCCUCCCGACUUUCGUGAGGGAGGGGAGACGGCAGAGGAUGAGCCGAAAGUGCAUUUGGAAGCCAGCGACCUUUGGAGACAGUUCCACAAAUGCGGCACUGAAAUGGUCAUUACAAAAUCUGGGAGGCGCAUGUUUCCGCCACUCAAGGCCAGGUGCACCGGGAUGGACAGAAAAGCCAAAUAUAUUCUUCUGAUGGACAUCGUGGCGGCUGAUGACUGCAGGUACAAGUUUCAUAACUCCCGCUGGAUGGUGGCGGGGAAGGCGGACCCGGAGAUGCCCAAACGCAUGUACAUCCACCCGGACAGUCCGGCCACAGGCGAGCAGUGGAUGUCCAAAGUGGUCAACUUCCACAAACUGAAGCUGACCAACAACAUAUCGGACAAGCAUGGAUUUACAAUCCUCAACUCGAUGCACAAAUAUCAACCGAGAUUUCAUAUCGUGAAAGCAAACGACAUCCUGAAACUGCCUUACAGCACCUUCAGGACAUACGUCUUCUCUGAGACAGAGUUCAUCGCAGUAACAGCUUAUCAGAAUGAUAAAAUCACACAGCUGAAAAUCGACAACAAUCCUUUCGCGAAGGGAUUCAGAGACACCGGCAACGGAAGACGAGAAAAGAGGAAACUACAACAUUCAUCACAAAGGUCUAAAGAGAUGCGGAUGACUGACAUGAAACCUUCUUCUCUACAAUAUUCAGAGAAUUCCAAAUCUUCAGAUGCUCAUGACAGUGACAGUGACAAAGAAGACAACGUUGAGGACACUGCUGGAGAAGAGGAGAGCAAAACCUGCAAAGAAACUGACCCUGAGCCGAAGGUUUCCAUUACAGAAAGGACAGUACAGAGUCCAGCUGGGACACACAGAGAAACGGACCCCACAAAAAGCCACGUUGUCAAUAAAAUAACCAACGCAGCAGGUUGCUGCCAACCUCAAGACUCAGAGAAGGAAAGAUUACGCAAAUUAUGCAGCGGCUGUUUUUAUCCACCGGAAUUAAACAGACAUCUCCGGGAUCCGAGUAUCACCAGGGUAAACACCUGGUACAGCUGUGCCAACGUAGACGGAGCGGCGGCGCCCUGUGGACCGAGCCUGGCCUCACCUGUCCGGACUCCGGGGACACCAGGGUUUCCCAUGAGCCUCCAGCAGCACGCACUGGACCUGGUGAGUCUUUCACACUUUGGAGGCUUUCUGUUUUAUCCCUACUCCAGCUUCCCCGCAGCAUCAGCCCAGUACCUCAUCCCACCAGUGCGGUCCAGAGCGGACCUCGGAGCCUAUCCGGGCAUUCACAGCCAGGACUACUUCACCUCUCCCAUGAUACCUUCACCUGUUCCUCCUGUGGGUGAUGCUGCCGGUGGCUUCAAAUAUCUCAUCCCGGAUUGGCUGACGCUGUCUAAAACAGAGCAGAAGUCGUCAGCGGAUGAAGCUGAAACUGCAGUCGAGCCGAGUCUCAAACAGGCUGAACACUAACUGCAGAGAGGAGUCAAUGCAUUUGAUCUGCCCACUUCCACCAAGUGUCAUACGUCCGCCUACAUGACUUAAGAUUGAAUCCCUGUGGUAUAAAAAGCACUUACUUCAAUAAAUAUAUUGUUUUGAUUUUAUUGAAAUUAGGUGCUGCUCGGUAGAUGAUAUAGAUUCAGGCUGUUUUACGUUUGAGCCCUGAAUGAUUAAACUGACAGAUUUCUGAAUGAAGUCUGACAUAAGAAAAUAUGGAGUUAUUGAACAAGUAACUUCAAAAUGUAAAACCACUUUGAAAAUCUCUCCCCAGAAAGAUAUUAACCAACUUUUGUACUGUUACACACAUGCACUUGUGAAAGUAAUACCUUAAACAUCUGUUUUCUUUUCAUUUAAAGAAUAAUAUUACUCCACACUCAUCUAUGAGUUUGUGUAUAGUUUCUGUUCUCAAAGCUGAAAAAACUGAAUCAAUAAAAAAAAAAAAAAAUUCUGUUUAUACCAAAAGAGUAUCUUUGUGUACUUGAUUUAAAGGACUAAUGUCUCUCACAGUUUUUCCUCAUGUACAUACACCACAGGGAGGAGAUGGAGAUCGAACCGCCAACCUGUGAGUCAAAAUGUAGAAACGACAGAUGAGCAGCAAAUGUCUUAUUAAAACUUCAGCUUGGUAAUACCCCUCUGUGUUUGGCUGUCUUGUCUUGUAUCAUUCAGUCACUAACCUAUACGUGACCGUCCUCGCUGGCAGUCAUUAUUGUUGGUGUCAUUAUGAAAAACUCCUGCGCUUGGCUGUGGCCAGGAAUUUAGACACA